GAGAGAGAGAGAGAGAGAGAGACUGAGACAAAUCCUAAGCUAAAGCUAAGCUAUAAUAAGCUGAUACGCUUAUCUCCUCCGUACAAUUCUACGUUUUCCGAUUCCGAUCGUCGUCGUGUUUCGGACUCAAAACGACACUGUUUUCGUCUCAGUCAGUGUGUGAGAGAGGGGAUUUCUUUGGCGCCAAUUUUGGCCAAGAGACGGCGGCGUUUCACGGUUUCAAUGUCACUGCGCUAAAAAUUUAUUGAGAUUUUUCUUGAAAAUGGAGAAGGACGACGAAACGAAUUCAGAUUCGGCGCCCAAGAAAUCGGCGAGGCAAUUGGAUUUCUCGCCGCAGAAGCCACAGCCACAGCCACAAUUGCAAAUGAGAUCACAGUCACAGUCACCGUCACAGCCGCAGCCGCAGCCUCUCUCACCGGUACAAUUGCAAUUACAAUUACAAUUACAGUUACAGUCACAGUCACAGUUACGGCCGCACGCGCCAAUGUUGCCGCAAUUGCAACCGCGGCCGCCGCCUCCACCAAUGUCGCCGCAGUGGCGUGUGCGACCGCCGCUGCCGCCUUUGUCGCCGCAAUUGCAACCGCGGCCGUCGCAGCAGCCAGUGCUCCGCUCUCAUCCAGUGCAUAAACUUCCAAUACCGGCAGUGACCAAGCAAGAGUCCCCUAGACCAAAACCGCGGGCUAAUGCUGAAGCAAAGGAUAGUACUCCAAAGAAACAAAAACAAUGUAAUUGCAGAAGUUCCCGAUGCUUGAAGCUGUAUUGUGAGUGCUUCGCAGCUGGGAUUUAUUGUGAUAAUUGCAACUGCUUAAAUUGUCAGAAUAAUGUGGAGAAUGAGGCUGCUAGGCAGGAGGCAGUUGGAGUGACCUUAGAGCGUAAUCCAAAUGCAUUCAGGCCAAAGAUAGCAAGUAGUCCACAUGAACCUCGAGAUAGUAGGGAAGAUGUUGCAGAAGUUCAAGUGGUGGGAAAGCACAGCAAAGGAUGUCAAUGCAAGAAAUCAGGGUGCCUCAAGAAGUAUUGCGAGUGCUUCCAAGCAAAUGUGCUGUGCUCUGAAAAUUGUAAAUGCAUGGAAUGUAAAAAUUUUGAAGGAAGCCAAGAAAGAAGGGAUCUUAUUCAUGAAGACCAUAAUGCAGUGGCCAAUAUCCAACAGGCUAAAUUAGCCAAUGCAGCCAUUAGCGGGGCUAUUGGAUCCUUUGGUUAUGGGACCCCCCUUGUGCCCAGGAAGAGAAAAAGCCAUGAACUCUGUCAACGGGAAAAUCAUCUAAGAGCUUCAUCCAUCCCUGAUUCAUGCACUGCUAAUGCAGCACUAUCAGGAUCUUCUACUUUUAAGUACAGAUCUACAUUGGCCAACAUACUCCAACCACAGGACGUGAAGGAUCUUUGCUCACAUUUGGUCGAACUUUCAGCAGAAGCAACAAUGACACGUACAGGAAAUAAUAGUGGCAAAAUGGAUAGGGAGACAUACAGGAAGAAUAUUGAAAUUUCUACUGCUUUGUCCACUCAAGAGAGCGAAGUUGUUGAGAAUGGACAUGGUAGCCAGAAAGCUAUUCCUGGUAACCAUCUGAGUAGGAAUCAAGUGGAUAGAGAUGGAAGCACUGAUUCUGGUUCUGAUGGAGUUGAUAUGGAUAAUGGUAGGCCAAUGUCUCCUGGAACACUUGCAUUGAUGUGUGAUGAACAAGACACGAUGUUCAUGGAUGGUGGGUCACCAAAAGGGGUGCUGGGCGAUGGUCAAAACAAAAGUCAGAAGUCAUCUGAUGGGCAUGGGUCAGAACUCUAUGCGGAGCAAGAAAGGCUUGUCCUAGCAAGGCUCCGGGAUUUUCUUAAUCGAAUCAUUGCUUGUGGGAGCAUAAGAGAAACAAUGCCUUCGCCGGUGGCCAAAAAUGGUACAGGAAGCCAACAAAAACCUGCAGAAAAUGGGAAUGUAAAAUCUGGCAGUGAAACGAGAAGUCACAAGGAGGCUUAUGGCAAUGGCAUUACAAAGUCUCCAGUUCCGGCAAGUGCUGAAGCGUCUUCAAGAGCCCAUCCAGUCACUUCUGAUAACAAAGAUUUAUCAUCGAAGGUUGGGUUGCCCAAUGGAAAUGGGGAGAAGAUCAAACCAAAUACUGACAGAGAGUCGUAGCUACUGAGAGAAACAGUUCAAAUUAAAUUAACAUGCUGCAGUUUCCCGCUAGGUUAGAAAGUUGAACCUGGGUCAUCUUGUUAGAAAUGUUUUUGGUUGAAGAAUCAACAUAACUAGGGCCCUUUUCUGAAUAUAGCAUUUAUACAAUCUUUUGUACAUUAUAUAGCAAGUAAAUUUUGGUCAAUUUUUAAGUUUGCUUA